GAAAACAGAAUCAACACGUCAGUAGUUGUCAGCGCAGAGGAAAUAAUAUCUGUGUUUUUUGGUCUCUGCAAAGACAACUGAUCGGUCAUGAGAAAACGAUGAUGAUAAUGACAGGUAACAAGCUGCCAUGACAGAUGUGGACUUGGCGACGAAGGAGAGAUGGGUGAUAUGGGAGCGGGGGACAUGUAAGAGGAAGGAUUAAAUUCACAAGGCUGAUGUCUGAAGGAAAUUAAAGGGAAAAAGGAUGGGGACUUUCGUGACCCUGGCAGAAGUGCUAGAGGCCAGGGGUUCACCACUAGAUGAGGACGAGGUCUGGUGUCUACUGCUUGUCACCACCGAGGCCUUAAUGGAUGUUUCCAAGAAAGGGUCUGGCAACAUAUGUGGUGUGCUCAGCCCUGGCUCGGUGCUACUGUCCGCUAAUGGGCGUAUGGCCUUUAAAAGCUGUGGGCGAAAUGAUGAUGUGGCCUCCUUUGUGGCCCCUGAAGUCAUUCAGGGUCACACCAGAACCUCAACGGAAAAGUCCCUUGUGUACUCACUAGGUAUGACUUUUUACUGGUGUGUGGAUUAUCAGCUACCUCAAAACCAGCCUGUGCAACUAAGUGGAGAGUUGGAGGGUUUACUCUUUAGCAUGUGCGAGGACACAUUGGUGAGACGGAAUGAUCUGUUGACGGUGCUAGAGACCUGCGAGCUCCACCACAAGACCUAUAUGCUUCCUCCAGCCGAGCGGCUUGUCAAGCAACUGGUAGAAGACAUCUACAGAAACUCGGUCAAUCCUGUGCUGACGACAGAAAAUGGAACCCUGCUGAGGGACCGCAGUCAGCUCAUCAGAGACAAGUUACACAGGCGGUCUUUUUGUAAUGCUACAUGGGUGACAAAAAAGAAGAUCUCUCGAACAUUCUCAGGAGCAUCCUAUACACCUGAGUCCACAGGGAUUCCCUCGGGAUGUCAACGCACAGAGAGUAAUGGGAGCUGGCAGGCGUUCAAUCGCAAUGUCUGUAGCCCUUACCUGGAUGGAGGCCGACGCGCUAACUCUAGAUUUCUAACACAGUUUGCGUCAACAAUGAGUCUAAAUGAGAAGAAAAUGAAGGACAUGGGUCCAGAAUUUAUUAGAAUGUCAGAUGAGCCAGUAGUUGUCCUGGAGCUGCCUGGAUCCAUUUUGUCAAAAAAAGGGAAAUCUCCUAACACACAAAGAGAGCUGACAGUGGUGAUGCCAAACGGUCAGAACAUAGCCAUCAAGUGUGAGGUGAAAUCCAGAGGUGGAGACGUGUUUGAUAUGAUUGUCGCUCAUGCCAACCUUGUGGAACACUUUUACUUUGGCCUUGCUUAUAUUGAUGAUAAUGAGUUUUUCUUUGUGGACAACGAUACCAAGAUCUCCAAAGUUGCUCCAGAUAGCUGGAAGAAAGUGCCUUCGACAACGUUUAUCCUUUUCUUCAGGGUCAAAUUCUUUGUCAAUGACAUUUCUACUAUUUUGCACAAACAGACCCACCACCAGUACUACCUCCAACUCAGAAAAGACCUCUUGGACGACAGAUUGUCAUGCCACGAGGAGACAGCUCUGUACCUCGGAGCUCUAGCCUUGCAGACAGAGUAUGGUGACUGCAUGCCUGAGGUGUAUGGUAGAAACUACUGUCGCCCUGAUCAAUAUGUCCCCAAAAGUGUUAUCGAGAAACGUGCCUUGCCUUAUAUUCUUGGAGAAUUGCAACGACUCCAUUCUAACAAUGCCCAAAUGCUCACAGAGGAAUCCGAACUUGAGUUCCUCAAGGUGUGUCUACAAUUGCCUGAAUACGGUGUUUUGUUCCACCGUGUGACGCGUGAAAAAAAGCCUGUAGAAGGAGAGAUUAUCCUUGGAGUUUGUGCCAAAGGCGUUAUUGUCUACGAAGUGAAAGAUGGCUCCCGAAGCACCAGCCAGGUUUUUUAUUGGAGGGAGACAGCCACUAUUUCCUCGAAUAGGCAUAAGUUCACAAUAGAGUGCCGAGCCAGUAAGAAGAAACACACCUUUAUUACGGAGACGUCAAAAAUAGCCAAAUACCUGUGUAACCUCUGCUCAUCCCAGCACAAGUUCAACAAUGAAAUGAAUUCUCGCCAGCUCAGUCACAGCAUGGUCUCAGAUGAUAGUAUUCCUCAAUAUACAACAGCUUGCCGGACUCAAAACAGCCGGUUCAAGUCCGUGUUGGGUUCUGAAACACCGCAAGAUGACAGUGGCCUGACCACUCCUCGACGCGAGUCCCUGACAAGACUUUGUGAGGAUGUUGCUGCUAGGAUCGAGGCCCGCUUUAAACAGCAACGCCAGAGCCUUUAUGAACAAAGCACAUGUUCCAGUAGUCAAUGUGGCAGCACUGGCAUGCGUUCUCCAGCCUGUUCUCAAAGAAGUGGAUCUGAAGCUCCUCUCGGCUCACCGGCAACCAGAGAAAGUCACAAUAAACAAGGCUCUUCAUCAGAGAGAGAGGUCAUUUGUGUUUCCCUCAAGAAAGACCCUAAGCUUGGCCUUGGCAUCAUGAUUGUGGGAGAGGACACAGUCGGACGUUAUGAACUGGGCAUUUUUAUUGCCUCAGUAGUGCCCGGGGGUCCUGCGGAUAAGGAUGGACGAAUCCGACCAGGUGGUCGCCUGAUCUCUCUGAACCACAUCAGCUUGGAAGGCGCCACCUUCAGCGAGGCAGCAGAGGUCAUGCAGAGCAGCCCAGAGGAGGUGCAGCUCAUUAUCUCACAGCCAAAAGCUCCCCAGACUCCAAACACUCUGCGACCUUCUGCAUUGAGAAAUUAUGAGUCACAAAGCACGUUGAUGGCUUGCGGGCAGUUAAGCGACAGCCUGGAUGAGAUCGUCUCUGUCAUGAUGGAGCCAAAGAUCAGCAACAGACUACACCCUCCUCAAGAAGUCCGCAUUCUAAAUGCACAGGAUGGCUGCUCACUUUCUUCCUAUGUAAACUGUGUGAGGUCAGAAGAGAACACAGUGAAGCUAAAGAAAGUAGCUGGGAGUCUGGGCAUCAGCAUCACUGGCGGGGUCAACACGAAUGUUCCCAAUGGUGGAAUCUACAUCAAAAGCCUUGUACCAGGAGGGUCUGCUGAGAGGGAUGGGCGCAUACAUGCAGGUGAUAGAAUAUUAGAGGUUGAUGGAAUCAGUUUUCAAGGUGUCAGCUAUGAGCAAGCUGUGGAGUGUCUGGGCAAAACUGGGGAGAUGGUGACUUUAACUGUGGAGAGUGCACCAAUGAGCUUUCCUAGGGUUUCUCUUAGCACCUACACCGACACUAGUGAACCCAUUCAUGAUAUUGAUGUCGCUACCAGGCACCUCAGGAUCAACAGCGUCUCAUCCGUGAGCGCCGCUUCCCACAUAAUCUGUGACCGACCCAGGGAUUACAAUUUUGUUACCGAAGAAAAUACACAGGAAGUCACUCUGACUAAGAACGCAAAUGGUCUGGGCUUUAGUUUCGUUAUGUGUGAGUUGGACCCACCCAUUCCUGACUUCGGAAGCCUGAUCCGGAUAAAGGAGCUUUUCCCCGGCCAGCCGGCCCAAUUGAGUGGUAGGAUCAAUGAGGGAGAUGUCCUUUUGGCUAUCAAUGGCCUGUCACUCAAGGAGCUGUCUUAUCCAAAAGUACUAAAGCUGUUCAAGACGUCACCCCAUGAAGUCCGAUUGACGCUCUGUAGGCCUUCACCUGGAGUCCUUCCGUCUAUCCAUGAGCUUACAGGAACAUGAAUCAGUCAUGUAUCACACAAUAGCAAGCAAGACCAUUUGGCAGUGCUUUGCCAUCUAUGACAGAAAUAUGUAAUUGAUAUAUGAAGAAACCUCUGCUCAUUGAGAACAGCUUGCUAAAGAAACUGAAGAACCAACUGCAGGUGAAACAUGGGUUGCUUGUUUAUGAAUGGGGGAAAAAAAUAAAAGUUAAGGAAACUGGAAUAAUCACUAAAAGAAGGCCCAUUUUUUCAGGAGUGCUGUCAGCAUUGCUGCAGAGAUUGAAGAGGUGGGGGCGGGGCAGCCCGUUAGUGCUCAGACCAUACGCCGUACUCUAUAUCAAAUUGGUGCGCAUGGCAUUCACCCCAGGAGGAAGCCUCUUCUGAAGACUAGACAAGAACGCCCGCCCAUCUCAUCAGACCAUAGGACCAGUAGUCCAUGUGCUUUGUUGACAUGUCUUCAGCAAACUGUUUGCUGUGUACAUAUAAUGCCAGUUAAAAGAUUAAAGCUUUAACUAUACAGAGAAA